UUUUUUUUUUCCUUUCUAUCAUCAUCUUCUCCCAACCAGGCAGGUUCCGGUGGGUUGUUUUUGUCGCACCAUUUCCAAUGGGCUAAGCUUUAAUCUUAAUUUGAGAGAAGAAAUCUUGUUGCUUUAUAUAGCCCUCUCUGCUCGUGCAGGCUCCCAUUAUUACUUAUUCUAAUUGGAGAAAAGGUCCCCUUUUAAAUCUCCAACUAGUCUAGUCAUUUACUUAGUUGUUGUCUUGUCUCACAUACAACACUUAUUCAUUUAUUUCUAUCCCUGCAGAAUGAUGACUUUAUUAUCGUUGCGAUGAUCGGAUCCCUUUUUUUUCCUAUUUUAUUUCAUAUUUUAUAAUAUUAUAAGAUCGGCCUCAGACUCUCAUAUACUGGUUAGUAAGGAGGACAGGCAGGCACCUACAAUGGACAUCGACCACUCCAAUACAACUACCAGCUCUAUCGCCCUCAUCGAUAACACUGCGCCCCGUCGCCGCCAUUCGGAAACUCCCACCGCUACAACAAACGGCGGCAGCUACGUCUCCCGGAAAUGGACGAAAAGGUCAAUUCGCGGCGAGCUGAAGAAGCGCAAGUACGCUAAAUGGCAACCGGAUCGAUUGGGGCUUACAACCGAUGAUGAAGAUAACAACUACAGCUGCAACAACAAUGAAGAGGAGGAAGGCAUACCGUCAUCCAGCGGACGACCCUCUGAAAGACCAGAACCGUCGGACCUCUUUACUACAGAAACAGCAACCACCACGAGCCCUCCCCCCUCGCAAUACCAAAGUCGAAGUGACAGCCCCAGCCAACAACAACAACAACCUUCACCCCCUUCGCAGGACGUAAGCGCCACGGAUUUCGCCCCAGAAAGCAACACCCUCUUCACCACCCACACCACCAAUACUACUACAGGGGCUAAGGCCCCCAAACUUACCGGCCUAAAACCAAACACCGAGCUCGACAUCCUCUACGAAAACCAACGCGGGUGGUUCUUCUUCGGCAUCCCGCUCUACUCACAUAGAUCCCUGCUCAACUUCGACCCCUCCGCCUGGCAGACCGCCGAUCUGCGCGACAGUCCCGUGGACAUCACGAACGCGCAAGUGCCCGAUCCCAGCUGGGUGUGGGCCUGGCGGUCCUGGUACGUCGAUAUGUCCGGCGACGUGGACGACCAGGGAUGGCAGUAUUCGUUCUCGUUCAAGUCGACGGCGUGGCAUGGGUCGCAUCCGUGGUUUCAUUCGUUUGUGCGCCGGCGCAGAUGGGUGCGGGUACGGACGAAACGGUUGGUGGAUAGACAUGGGCGGACGGGGUUGGAGAUGGCGCAUAGGUUGAAUGAGGAUUAUUUCACGAUUCAUUCAGGAAAGAAGAAGAAGAGGCCGGUUAGUGAGGUCGGUGGGGGUGGGUAUGGGGCUACGAGUUUGGGUCGGACCACGACUGCGACAACUGCAAGGGAGAUGGAGGAGGAAGGGGCGCCGAUAGAGGAAAUAGCGAAUAUCCCGGCGUUGAUGCACGCGUUGAGAGUAGCGAUUGUGGAUCGCGAAAAGGUGGAUGCGUUGGAUCGGUUCGUCGACGAGGGCGGAGAGGAGUUGUUUUAUUUGGAUGAGAAGAUCCCAGAGAUAAUGUCCAUGUUCGUCUUCCAAGCCUCCCGCUGGCACUUCGUCCUCCACCUCACCGACGUCGUCGAGUCUCUCUCCCAACAACUCUCCUCAUCCAGCGGAGAUAAUGAAGCCACCGAGCUGCAGCGCAAGCUGGAUCAUCUCCGAAAGGCCACCGAAACAGCUAGACGCCAUCUCACGGGCCCGGGGGUCCUGCGAACCGAGAACCGGAAAUCGAGCAUGGAGAUGCUGGACUUAACUCCUGUUUCAAAGCGUGGAAGCCUGUUGGCGAGAUACUCUGGCCGGUUCGAGUUCAAGUCAAUGGAUGAUGGAGGGGAGAUUAAGGGGAUUCCGAAGGAGGCGGAGGUAGGUAGGGAAGGGCAUAUAUUUCAGUAUUCUUCUUGAUUUUGGUGUUUCUUUGGAUGGGGAGUGGAGUUUUGGGUUGGGUUAGUAUUGCUUGGUUAGCGUAGGAGCUGUAUCAUUAUCCAUCUGUUCAUUGUUGAUAUGUAUUCAUAUCAUUUAAAACAUCUCAAAGAGCAGUC